CGUCUUGAUCCAUGAUCUUCCAAUAACUUUUGCAUCUGUAACACUGGCCAUUUUCUGCAUAUUCCUGUCACAAUAGUUCACCAAUUACUCAAUUGCUCUUCUUUAAUCAUUCCCUUCAUCAUAUCACCACUUUCGCCUCUCUUAUACCUUCAUCAUGGCAACUGAGCGUGUCAAGGCCUCCGUCCUCCACGGCGAGAAGGAUCUCCGUCUGGAAGAACGUGAACUUCCGGCACCCUCAAGCAACGAAGUCCAGGUCGCCGUCAAGUCAACCGGCCUCUGUGGUUCCGAUCUUCACUACUACAACCACUUCCGCAACGGCGACAUCAUCGUUCGCGAACCUCUCACCCUCGGCCAUGAGUCUGCAGGCACAGUCGUAGCCGUCGGCUCAGACGUUACACAUCUCAAGCCUGGCGACCACGUCGCGCUCGAGGUUGGUCUUCCUUGUGAGGCUUGUGAGCUCUGUGGUGAGGGUCGUUACAACAUUUGCCGUGGAAUGAAGUUCCGCAGCUCAGCGAAGGCCAAUCCUCAUGCGCAGGGAACUCUACAGGAGAAAAUCAACCACCCUGCUAAGUGGUGCCACAAAAUGCCCGAACAUGUUACUCUCGAUCUCGGCGCUCUCGUUGAGCCUCUCUCAGUCGCAAUGCACGCCCGUGAUCGCGCCGCUCUCCCCAAGGGCUCAACAGUCCUCGUUCUCGGUGCCGGUGCCGUCGGUCUUCUUGCAGCCGCUGUCGCAAAGGCCGACCAAGCCAAGACCGUCAUCAUCGCCGAUAUCCUCAAGGACCGCCUUGACUUUGCCAUCAACAACGGCUUCGCCGAUGCUUCAGUAGUCGUCCCCAUGGAGCGACCACAAACUAUUGAGGACAAGCUCGCCUUUGCUCAGAAGGUCGCUGCUAUGGUGAAGGAGACACAGGUCAACGGAGAGGCUGUCGGUGAGGUUACAGCUGUGUACGAGUGCACUGGUGUAGAAACCUGUGUGCAAACAGCCAUCUACGCUACCAAGCCUGGAGGCAAGGUCAUGAUUAUUGGCAUGGGAACUCCCGUCCUCACCAUCCCCAUGUCGGCCGCUGCUCUUCGCGAAGUCGACAUCUUGGGUGUCUUCCGUUACGCCAACACGUACAAGGAGAUCAUUGAGCUUCUGGCCAACCCUCCUGCCAACAUGCCUGACGUGAGCCGUCUAGUCACUCAAAGAUACAAGGGCAUGGAGAACAUUGAGGAGGCUUUCAAGAUGGCUGGCAAGGUGAGAGAUGAACAAGGCAACCUUGUUAUCAAGGUUGUUGUGGACUUCAACGAAAAAUGACUAAAAGGUCGGUUGUAAAUUAAUAACGGUUGUGGGUGUUAACAGUGAGGGUUUUAUGAAUGGGAUAAAAGGCGUGUUGUAUGGGGUCUUGAGGAUUAUAGAUACCUAGUUUCUGGCAAAAUGAUGAGAUGUUUGACCACCUUGA